UUUAUUUUUACUUUAUUAUUUACAGUAAUUUGAAAAACUGUUGUUUUUAAAAAGCAAUCUUACCUAAAUAGAUUUAGAGAAAUAAUUUUUAAAUUAUUGUGGUUAUUGUUAAAAUAAAAGUGGUCGUGAACUGGGACAUAUACAGUAAUUAGAUUUUAGAAGAGGUCACGAAAAAUUUAGAAAAUAUGAGUUUUAAAUAAUUUAAAUUUUAUUAAAUAAUGUUACGUCAAAAUUGAAACCUUUUUAAAUAUGCCUACGUUCCUCGUUUUAAAUUAGUUUCAGAAUUGAAUAUAAUUUGGGAUGAGGGUAAGUCAAUAAACCUACUAAAUGUUGUGAGAGAAUAUUUAUUCAAAAACACAACCAAGAAAGAAAAGAGUUGGCAAUAUUAUACAACGAGUCUAUUUAAAAUUAAUUGAAAAUCUUACUUUAAGAAUAACGAUUAGUGCAGGUGUUGAAACUGGUAUUGUAUUCUUAGGGAUUUAAUUUUCUUCCAGACUAUCGCCUCCAGAACAAAUUUCGAUACUUCGAAAUUAAAUAUACUGUUUCAAUAUUAAAUCUUGAAACUUUUACAAAACUUUGGACUUAUUUUCAAAUUAAUUCUUUUUGAAUUUUACUUAUUACUCGUGGUAAAAUCGGUGUAUUUUACUAGAUGUUAUACCGAAGUUGGUUUAAAAAAUAAUACUUCGGGAUGUACUUUAGUUAACUUCUAAACGAUGUGUUCAGGUUGAUUUCCAAAAAAAAUACUCUCUAGUACUGAUUGUUGUUCCACCAUAACUUAUCCAUUGUUCGAAGUCAUCAGGGGAAGUGCUUUCUGGUGCAUUUAUUCGGACGUGAUUCCUGAAUAUUCAAGAGCACUAGGAAGACGAAAAUCACUUUUCUUUUGGUCCUGUCAAAACACUGCUUGCGGACAUAUUGAAUUAAAGGCUGAGGAGACGGCAGACGAAUAAUGGCGCUCUGCAAUACCGACCGCGGUUAACUUACCCCGCGCGAUAAGUGUAGAAUGUAAAAAUAGUAGUACACCUGGAACUCACCAGAGUAUAAGGAAACGAAGCGCGCUCGUGGAUAAGCAGACGGACAUUUCAUUCUCGACAAUUCUCGAUUUGGUGUUGUCGUAAGGCGCAUCACUUCGUAACUUUAAAAUUAAAAUGUAGUUGAUUUUUUCUUCCGUUGUUGAAUUUUGUUGAUAUUCUUUUAAUCGAUUAUCGGAAGAGUAAUAAAUGAAACACCAUUUCAUUAGAUGUGCAACGUUUCGACGUCUCGGUUUGAAACCAACAUCAUCAUCAUUAUAAGUUGAGUGCCAUGUCAAGACGAGGAGCGAUGAGAGGUCGACGUCGUAUUGACGUGGAAAAGCGGUGGCAUUGAAGUGACGAAGAGACCUAUAGAGGGCUGGUGUUUGAUACUAAUCGAUACAUCAGUGCAGUGUGAAACGUGGUGUUUGGUUGGCGUGGCAACCCUGAAACUUCUUCCAGAUGGAAUAAAAAGUACGAAUCAGUGACCCAUUCUUCUCUACAGUAAAUUGAGCACCAUGGAGUAAAAUAAGAUGGCUUUGCAACUUCCGGAAACAUCUCGUAGGUGAAAAAGUUCUUUUAAGAGAAAAGUACAAAAUGAGUACAGCCGUUGAGAACGGCGUGGGUGCCUCGAAGACUCGUGGCGUAUUUUCUAGGGCGUUUGCCAAAAGGGCACAGCCCCUUGAAGAAGCAUUGUCAAGUUUAAAUCGGUUGAACAAGGACAAUAAUGAUGUACUUGACCUCGAUGAUGCCGUCACAUCACACCCCACCCUGGCCUUAAUGCGCCGCAUCCUUACUGAUGCGCAGAUGAAACUUCGCGUUAUGGUUGAAGAGAACGCAGCGACGGGUGCCCGUCUUGACGGGGAACUGGAAAGGGCGAGGGGUGAAUGUGCGACUUUAAGGGGUGAGUUGAGAGACGUACGGAGUUCCUUGGUGUUAAACAACAAUAAUUCGAAUGGCGGUGGUAGCAGCAGUGCAAGUAGUAGCAGCAGCAGCACCAAUAACAACUCAAUUAAUAACUCAUCGUCAUCUGCCUCCUCGAGUGGAAGCGGUUCCAACUUGAACCCAGGACAAGAAAUUGUGGAGGGUCAAUCCCAAGAUGAUACUAAAAGACUCAGUGCUGGAAGCAGUCCAGUUGAUAAGAGAAGCUCCGCCAGCGAUAAAUCGGUUAGUCCCGUUGAUAAAAGGACUAGUCCAAUAGAUAAGAAGGAGAGAACUAGCCCCAUCGACCGGAGGUCAAGUCCGAUAGAAAGAAGAAAUGGAUCACCAUGUCAAAGUCCGAGUGAAAAAGUUCGAAGACCUUACGCCCCAGCUUUGGAAAAAGCGAGGUUGGGAGGGUCCAGUGGGAGUGUCGAUUCAAGAUCCGGUAGCGCAAGUCCGGAUAGAGGAUCGUCGAAUACAAGGGGAUCGUAUCUCAAUCGAGGAAGCACCGAGAGAUCAAGCGUUGAGAGGCUAAGGAUUUCUACAAAUCGUGAUCCGUUAAGAUCAACAAAGGAUUCGAAUGAUUUUGAUAAAGAAAACAAGGAUAUUGUGGAUGGAGAUGUACGUCCCGAUGAGGAGAACGAGCCUCCAGCUCCAGCUCCGGGCAGCAGACCAACGUCCCCAGCUAAUUCUCUCGGUCUAGUAGGUGAUCCCGUAGUGGCGUCACGUUUAUCGAACAUCCACGGAGGCAACGGUCCUGUUGAAUUAGCAAGUGCACGAAGGUUACGUCUCGAGAAUGAAAGAUUGGUGGCGGAAGUUGCACGAUUGAGGCGAUUGUUGUUGAGUGGAGCGUCUCGAGGCGAAGUUGGAGGCGAGGAUGCUGCCUUGGAGGAAGAAGCGCGCUUUGUCGCCUUAGAAAUGGAACUCCAACACGCGAGGGAAGCAUUGCAGGCUUUGAAAGCCGAUCGCAAAAGACUCAAAGCCGAGAAGUUUGAUCUUCUUAAUCAAAUGAAAGCACUCUAUGGAACUCUCGAGGACAAGGAACGAGAACUUCGCGACUUCAUUCGAAAUUACGAACAGCGGAUGCGAGAAAACGAGGCGACAUUGGGACGUCUUCAACAAGGUGCGGGGCUUCCAUCUGAGGAACGAGAUCGUGAUAGAGAACGAGAACGCUGGAGUCUCCUGAGAGCAGCGAGAGACGAGGCGGAUCGAAGUCUCACUUUGGCAGCCAGUUUAGCUGAUAAGGAAGCUGCUUUAUCUCAUGCACAUGCCACAAUUAAAGAGCUUCAAAGACAAUUGGUAGAACGAGGAGGUGGAAUUUCUUUGAGCGACCAGGAGUCUCUAGUCUCAUUUCCAAGGGGGAGUAUAAACGGUGCAGCGACGCCUGGAGCCGGAAGUAGCGGAGGCGGUUGUGGUAUAAUUCCGCAUUUGGGAUCUCAGCAACCCCUUGGUAGUGUGGAAUUAGGCGUUGGUAAUGCCAGUGGCGGUGUGGGGACAGGUUCCACUUCCUGUGGACAAGCUGGUGAUCGCGGUAGUUGUAGUGCAGACAGUGGAGUCCGUGGUUCCAGUGACCGAGAAAGUGGUGGUGCCACCAGCGUUGGAGGGAAUCUUUCAGAUUCAACAACCGACGGGACUCCGACAAUAACGGUCGAGGGAAGUGGUCUGGAUAUGGACAGCAUCUCUGUGGUAUCCUCAAUAGCGCCAUCUCACAUGUAUCAAUCUACAACUCCAAAGGAUUGCAGUCCAACUUUGUCGCCUUUAAAUGCAUUUUCAAGGUCAAUGGAUAAUUCUUCAUUAUCUCGUUCUGUGGAACAACUGUCGAGUCCUUUGGAAUCUGAACCUAGAAGAAAUAAACAGACACCAUCUGUCGUUGCACCUGCUGCACAUUCACGGUCUUCUGCCACACGUGGAGGCACGUGGGGUUCCAUUUCAAGGGUAUUUGCUCGCUCACGUCAUCGGAAAGCAGUAAAUACCUCCGGAAUUGGGAGUAUGGGGAGCGAAGGUCCAGAAGGAUUCGACCCAUAUCGAUCGCGGUCACCCCUUACAGAAGAAGGAUACGCUGAGAAACUCCGUCUAUUGCGGGAAGCUGCAUCAGUACCAAUGGAAAGAUGGAGAGCACCUACGGUCUUAGCAUGGCUCGAAGUUGCACUUGGAAUGCCACAAUACGGUCCAAGAUGUGCUGAAAAUGUCAAGUCUGGCAAGGUUUUGUUAGAAUUAAGUGACGCUGAGCUGGAGGCUGGACUCGGAGUGACUCACCCUUUGCAUAGAAAGAAGUUAAGACUGGCAAUUGAGGAACAUCGGCAGCCGAAUUUAGUUCGAUAUCCUUGCAUUGCACAAUUAGGACACACUUGGGUCAGUUCCGAAUGGUUGCCUGACCUUGGACUUGCUCAAUAUUCUGAAAGUUUCGCUACAAAUAUGGUAGACGCCCGAAUGCUGGACCACCUUAGCAAAAAGGAGCUUGAAAAACUUCUCGGCGUUACGAGAAAGUUCCAUCAGGCCAGUAUUGUUCACGGAAUUCAUUUACUCCGGAUGCUCAACUACGAUCGACAGGCUCUCGCAGUUAGGAGGCAUAAUUGUGAACAAAUUAAUAUGGAUCCUCUUGUUUGGACAAACCAAAGGUUUAUUCGAUGGGCAAGAAGUAUCGAUUUGACAGAAUAUGCGGACAACCUGAAGGAUUCGGGAGUCCAUGGAGCAUUAGUAGUUUUGGAACCUUCCUUCACUGGAGAUACUAUGGCGACAGCCUUGGGAAUUCCUCCAGCUAAACAUAUGAUUCGACGACAUCUCACUGCAGAACUCGACGGUCUUGUUCUUCCAGCAAGAAGUCAACUGGAGGUGGUUCCCCGGAAUGGUACCGGAAGUCGUCCGCUGAGCACCAUAAGCGCUGGCGGAAGUCUCGGUCGUGGAAGUCGUGCUCUUCAUCUUCAACAUCACCAGAGUUCCCUUUCAGCACUGCACAUGGCAUCCAGUAACACAGUCGAUAGACGAAGAUCCAGUUUCAGGGGAUCAUUAAGCAGGGCAUUUGGUUUACGACCCAGAAGUGAAAAAGCGUCACCGUCUUCUUCUUCGGAUACAGGAAGUCUGGCGAGUCAAUAUAUGAGCAGCGUGCGCAGUAAUUCACCGCCACCACCUCAACUUCCACCUCGACCAGCCCUGUUGGGAGGGAAGAAGCAUCGCAGAGUAAAGAGCAUCGGCGACAUUGAAUAUAUGAGCAAUAGCAUUGUCAGUACACCCGUCUGACAAGAGGGUAGGUCCCAACAUUCGGGACCUUAUCGAAGCUUGAGCGAGCGGGGCUACUCCUCAGCGUCCUAUUCAUCUCAAUAUGGAUCGUACUCUGGCUAUAGCAAUCUUCCCUCCAGCGAUUAUUAUCAGUAUCAAAGUUCUGGCAGUGCAGGUUACUAUCAAUUGCAAGGCGAAUAUUAUUCACCGCAAAGUUCAGGUCCCCCUUUCCCCGGGGUUCAGAGAUAUGGUAGUCUUGCCGAAGAGGCCUGGCCAAUAUCAAAAGAUGAAUCUGGUCUCUUUAAAUCAAACUCAAAAACAUACUUGGCUUAAAAAUUUAAAAAUAUUUUUAACUAAAAAAACGCGCACUGAAAAGUUAGUGAAAUAAAAUAUUUAAAGCCGUUAAAUAAUUAUAGUUUCAAUUAUUUUUAACGUGUUAACUUAUUGUUGUAUCAUUACAAAAAUUCAGUAACUCACAACUUUUAUCAUCUAAUCCAUUUAUCGUUUUUGAUAAACAUUUUUUUUUUAAAUUUCUUCUCCGACUUAUUCUAAGGAAACAUCCUAUAGGUAUUCUUCAGUACUCAAAAAGUUUAUUAUAUAAUUAAUUACAGAAAUUCUCUUUAGAGAUUGCUAACAGAAAAUCUACAAAGAGAUUCUUUGAAGAAUUUCCAUAGAAUGUAUUCUACAGAAUACCGCCGCAAGUGAAUUCCUGAUUUUUCUUCGAGAACAAUAAAGUUCCAGUGAUAUGAGAAAACAUUCCUUAAAAGUUUAAAAUAACUUCACGUUAAUUAAUUGCUAAUUUAUUUUCUCCCCGAAAUUAAAUGAAAUACUAAAGCAAAAAAAAGCCAAAUUGCAAAUUUUAUGAAAACUUUUCGUGCAAAAUGUUAAUGAGAAAUAUAUUCGAAUUUAAUGAAUUGAAAAGAAGAAGUAAUCAUUGUCAUUUAUUUAUUACUUUACAAAAACUUUACUUAUGUGCAGGGGCCGUCCCCGACAAGACAUGUCAUGAAAAUCAGUUCAUGACCGAAAUAUAUUUAUUUAAAAUUGCACAGUAGUUUAUUAUUAUACUUUCAUAUGCGCAGUAGGCUACCACUACAAUUAGUCAUGCGCAGUAGUCCAAUUUAGUAGUAAUUGCUGCGCAGUAGUUUAUCAUAACACUUGGACAUGCGCAGUAGUCUAAUUUAGUAAUUAUUACUGCGCAAUAGUUAAAUUUAGUCAUUAUUACUGCGCAAUAGUUAAAUUUAGUCAUUAUUACUGCGCAGUAGUUUAUUAUAAUACUUGGACAUGCACAGUUACAGACUUCACACUUUCUUAAAUUGAACAGUGGUAAAUCGAUUUCUAAGGAUUUUAAUAUUUUGAAUAUGUUCAUGUCAAUUUAAAAAAACAAAAAAGAUUUCUCAACUUUUGAAAAAUUGUUCUUCAAAUAUUUAUAAAAAUAAUUUAA